UGUUGACACAGCACACAGCUGGUCCAACAGCCAGAACUCAUGCCUUUGUAGAGCUCAGUUCCUAUAGCGUGCAGAGAAGCUGAGAGGAUCAAUGAACUUUCUCCCAGGUAACUGACAGAGGGAUGAAUGAAGAUGGGCAUCUCUGUUUUAUCUGGCCAUUCUACUCAAGCUGCUAUUACCUGUCUGGCCGCAGCAGAAGGAAAAAAUGCUGCUUGUGUUGGCGCUUCUUAUUUAGCAAUGAGCAGAACUGCAGCUGUUUCCCAUGUCCACACGAAGAAGACAAGCCUUGCCAGUGCUGCCACUGCUCCUGUGCAGAGCGUGCAAAUUGCUGGUGGUGCUGCUGCUCUUUUGCAAGUGACCCAGACUGCAAAUUCUGCUGCUGCAGUGAAGAGAACUCAGGAUGUCAAUAUUACGAAUGCAAGUGCUUCAGAAGCUCUGUUUAUGAGCCGUAUCACUCAAGGACACCGGGAACUGUUCCGUUAAAAGAUGUCAUGUCAAGGUUUAGAACUGGGGAUAAUGCAACUGUCGUUACAUCAGAAAGGAAAGUCUUCAGCCACACUUUCCACGACCAGCUUGCCUGUCCCCUGUGUAAGCAGCUGUUUCUCCAGCCAUUCAUGCUGCCGUGCAAUCACUGCAUUUGCGAGAAGUGCAUAACUAAAAGCAAGACCAGAGCUGAUGUAACUGAAGACUUCUAUAUCAUUGUAUGCCCAGUGUGUCACAAAGCACAUUGCCUCCCCUACACAAAUAAAAUUCAUCUGAGAAAGGAUUACCUCAGAGCAAAACUAGCCAAGAAAUACAUGCGCAGACAUGGCUUUCUGAGGUGGAGAUUUGACCAUAGCGAAAGAACAGUCUACUGUGACACUUGCAGGGAGAGAAGAAGAGUGGCAACCAGAAGAUGUAGAACAUGUGGAAUUAAUUAUUGUAAUGAAUGUCUGCAUUUAAAUCAUAAUGAGUAUGGCACUCAAGAUCACAUUUUAACCAGAGCACAAGAUCAUGAAGAGUGGCGCUGCUUAUUUCACAGCAACUCAAACAUCUCUGAAUACUGUAUGGAUGACCAUGAACUGAUCUGUGGGCUCUGCAGGAGUUCGCUGCACAACAAUCACGAGGUUAUUCCCUUGGCAGUUGCAUGUUCAAGAGAGGCUGCUUCCCUCUUUGACACAACUGAAAAAUUUAGACAAGUACACCAGGGAGUUGAUAAAGAUCUAAUGGAAGUUCUCCUGUUAAAAAAUAAUUUCAAGAUCUAUAAGGACAACAAAAGCAAGGAGAUCAGAAAUGGAUUCUUAAAAUUACGUAUGGCUCUUCAUGAACAAGAAAAGGAGAUGAUGGAGUUGCUUGAAAACACUGAACUUAGAAAGCAGAAAGAAAUUUCAGAAUACAUAAACCAUACAACCGGUCAGCUAUCCUAUAUGGACGGCCUCAUUCACUACUCUGAAGAGGCUCUUAAGGAGGAAAACCAAUUCGUGUUUCUGCAAUCUGCACACUCCUUAGUGAAAGAAAUAGAAAAUGCGGUACCUUCCAUUUUCCAACCUAGUCCAUAUCUAAGAGAAGAUCCUUUAAGAAAACUUCAACUCAACUUUGAUGAACUUUUUUGUGUUUUACAAAGACUUGUCCCAUCUCUUACUGGAAUUAAGCAGUCAGAAAGUAAAGCAGAAAAAUAUCCCUAUUCUUUUAACCCAGAGAUAAUGGUUCCAAGGCAUAUUUCAAAUACUCACGAAUCCAAGCAAGCAACAGGUUUCCAAAAUCCAUCUUUAAAUCCCAUGCUUGAUUUAGGUGUGCGGUCUAAAGACACUGUCAGAAGUCCAAGCUCUACACCUCCCCAUCAUCCUACACAGAAUAAUGAAGUAUGUGUGUACCAGGAUACAGCUCGUGAAACUCCAAGAAAAGAAAGAAAACAGAUCGAUAGAUUUUCAAGUCCAGAACCUACAGACGAUGAAUCAGUCCCAGGACCUGUUGUUAUAUACCAGACUGUUGUUUAUUCAAGGUCUGCCAAAAUUUAUUGGACUUGUCCCACGGAAGACAUGGAUUUCUUUGAAGUAGAGUUUUAUGAAGUUGCUCAUAUUGGCUCUGAUAAUAUUGUCCAGAUGCAACUAGCUGGUCAGCUGAGCAAAAUACAGCAGCAGAACCUUGAGAUACACAACCUGGAUCCAAAUACAGAAUAUAUUUUUAAAGUCCGUGCUGUCAAUGCAUGUGGCCGAGGAGAAUGGAGUGAGAUCUGUAAGAUAAUCACAUCAGAUGAAUAUGGGAAAACUGAAGACAGGGGUGAGAAGCAGAAGAAUAAUCACGGUGCUCCACAUAUACAAAACAUAUAGGCAAAAAAUGAAAGCAGGGAUUUUUUUUUUUCUUGAAGAACUGGAAAAUGUGUGUCCUUUCUUAUGCAUUAUCCUGUUUUCCACUGAAGACAGCAGCCAGAAAUGUAACAGUGAGCUCUUCAAACUAUUAUUGCUUUCUGGCAAAUAAUAAUAAAACAACAGCACUGCCUUUUUGUUAUUUUUCUUUCUCCAUAUGUAGCACCAAGACCUAAGGAAAAUGCUAUGCCAUACAUAAAAACAUAUUAUAAAACCCAUUGUAUUUGAAGGACCUUUGCAGCUUCAAAGGAAAUAAAUCACAUAUUUACAUUGUAAGUUAACAUUCCAAUUAUUAUUCCCUGUGAG